GGGUCAGGGCUACAGCAGACCCUGAAAGCCGAGUCCCCUCUCCCCCCACAGGGAAGGGAGGGACAGACUCGGACAGAGGGAAGGAGGGGCAGUCGGCCGGCUGCUGUCCUCCUGCAGAGCCAGCCCAGACCAGCUCUGGGAACCACUCAGCUGCGGAAACAGCAGCAGCCCCUCUCCUCCAGCGAAGGGCAGCAGGCAGAGAGACACAGACAGAGGUCCUGGGACUGGAAGUCCUUGGUCCCCAGCCGCUCAGCCAGGCUUGACCUCAUGGCCUUCAAUGACCUCCUGAAGCAGGUGGGGGGUGUCGGCCGCUUCCAGCAGAUCCAGGUCACCCUGGUGAUCCUCCCUCUGCUCCUGAUGGCCUCCCACAACACCAUGCAGAACUUCACGGCCGCCAUCCCCACCCACCACUGCCGCCCGCCUGCCGACGCCAACCUCAGCAAGGACGGGGAGCUGGAGGCCUGGCUGCCCAGGGACAGGCAGGGACUGCCCAAGUCCUGCGUCCGCUUCACCUCCCCCCAGGAGGGACUGCCCUUUCCCAAUGGCACUGAGGCCAACAGCACAGGGGCCACAGAGCCCUGCAUCGACGGCUGGGUCUACGACAACAGCACCUUCUCCUCCACCAUCGUGACUGAGUGGGACCUCGUCUGCUCUCACAGGGCCUUACACCAUCUGGCUCAGUCCCUGUACAUGGUGGGGGUGCUUGUCGGAGCCAUUGUGUUCGGGUACCUGGCAGACAGGCUGGGCCGCCGGAAGCUGCUGAUCUUGAACUACCUGCAGGCAGCUGUGUCAGGAAGCUGCACAGCCUUUGCUCCCAACUUCUCCGUCUACUGUGCCUUCCGGUUCCUCACAGGCAUGUCCAUGUCUGGCAUUGCCCUCAACACCAUGACACUGAAUAUGGAGUGGAUGCCCAUCCAUACGCGGGCUUUGGUGGGCACCCUGAUGGGCUAUGUCUACAGCCUGGGCCAGUUUAUCCUGGCCGGUGUGGCCUAUGCCAUGCCCCACUGGCGCCAUCUGCAGCUGAUGGUCUCUGCGCCCUUUUUUGCCGCCUUCAUCUACUCCUGGUUCUUCAUUGAGUCAGCCCGUUGGCACUCCUCCUCUGGGAGAGUAGACCUCACCCUGAAGGCCCUGCAGAGAGUGGCCUGGAUCAAUGGGAAGCAGAAAGAGGGGGCCAAGCUAAAUAUGGAGGUGCUCCGGGCCAGUCUGCAGAAGGAGCUGACCAUGGGCAAUGGCCAGGCCUCAGCCAUGGAGCUGCUGCGCUGCCCUGCCCUUCGCCGACUCUUCCUCUGCCUCUCCAUGCUGUGGUUUGCCACUAGCUUUGCCUACUACGGGCUGGUCAUGGACCUGCAGAGCUUUGGGGUCAGCAUCUACCUGAUCCAGGUGAUCUUUGGUGCCGUGGACCUGCCUGCCAAGUUUGUGAGCUUCCUUGUCAUCAACUCUCUGGGCCGCCGGCCUGCACAGAUGGCCUCACUGCUGCUGGCGGGCAUCUGCAUCCUGGUCAAUGGGGUGGUACCCCAGGAUCAGUCCAUUGUCCGAACCUCCCUUGCUGUGCUGGGGAAGGGCUGCCUAGCUGCCUCUUUCAACUGCAUCUUCCUGUACACUGGGGAGCUGUACCCCACAGUCAUCCGGCAGACAGGCUUGGGAAUAGGCAGCACCAUGGCACGAGUAGGCAGCAUCGUGAGCCCACUGGUGAGCCUGACAGCCGACCUCUACCACUCUGUGCCUCUCUUCAUCUACGGCAUUGUCCCUGUGAUUGCCAGCGCUGCCACUGCCCUCCUGCCGGAGACUCUGGGCCAGCCACUGCCAGACACUGUGCAAGACCUGGAAAACAGGACUAGAGGAAAACCAAGGCGACAGCAGCAAGAGAAGCAGAAGCAGAUGGUCCCACUCCAGGCCUCAGCACAGCAGAAGAUCGGGCUCUAAGCACUGAGAAGGGGCCUUACAGAGCCCUAAAGGGAGUGAGGGUCCUGCAGAUCCCGGGUCACCCAGAGGGAAAGGGGACAUGGUGGCCCAAGUGUUGGGGCUGCGGUUCAGGGAAGCACCUCCCAGGAGCCCCCUCCCUGAAUAGACCCCACCAAGACCACAUCAUUAAAAGGUUUGUGCGCAGCA